AUGGACGGUUCACCUAUGUUCAACGGGUCCCCGCACGUCUCGCAAAUGCAACCUCCACAGGGUCCAUAUCCUCAGCCUCCAUCGAUGAGCAUGGUACAGCAACAACAGCAACUCCAACUUAUGCAAGCACAACAACAAGCGGCUGCUGCGCCGGCCGAUUCAGAUAAGAUAUUACGACUGUUCAUUCGAGAUUAUCUAGCUGCGCAUAACUUCCACUCAACAGCAGCUGCUCUCACAAAAGAAGCCGAACUUCCUGGCCCCGCACCCCGACCUCCGCAAGAUGCUCAACAACCUCCACCCCCAACGACCCAACAAGUCUGCGCACAACUAGGAAUCCAACUACCAGCGUUACCAGCAGGUGGUCUGGAGGAAUGGUGGCACAUCUUCAACGAGAUCUUCUCAGCGGUUCGAGGAGACCAGAAAUCAGGGGUUGUUGUGGAUAUGGUUAGAGCACAAAACGAGCGUAUGACGCAACGAAGCCAAGCACAGAAAGCGACUGUGGUACCAAACAUGAAUGGGAUGACCCAGCUCGCCAUGAAUAUGAACCCCAUGGCAGCAGCAGCAGCGGCGGCAGCCGCGGCAGUCCAACAACCCGCCCUCCAAAUCCAACUCCAACCUGCCGCACAAAUUGCUCCCGGCCCUGGUCCUGGUCCUCGACCCAUGGCACCUCCACAACAACCUCUCCUAACCCCGAACACGUUCGCGACAAAUGCGCACCUUAUGUCACAAUCCAUCCAUGCCCUUGGUUUGGCGGGUCGUGAUCCCAAGACGUUCACGCAGGAAGAACGACAGAGAAUCAUGGAGAGAACUAUGAGGACACAGCAACAGAGUGUGCAGGCGCAGCAGGCACAACAAAUGUCGAUGCAGCAGCAGCAGCAGUUAGGGCAGCAGCAGAGAGUACAGCUACAUCAGCAGCACCAGCAGCAAAUGCAACACCAAGCGGCUCAAGCACAAAUGGCGCAGUUGCAGCAGCAACAACUCGCCUUACAGCACCACCAACAACAAAUCCAACACGCGCUCCAACAACAAGCCCUCCAACAGGGCGGCGGCGCUCACGGACAGGGUGGGCUGAGUGGCAUGGGGGUGGAUCUGAAGACUACGAAUCAGCAAUUGGCGGAGUUACAGGCAAGACAGGCGGCUGUGUUGAGGAGACAGCAGGAGCAGUUGAAGAGGAGGUUGAGUGUUGCGCCGCAGAGUGCUGAGACGAGUCCGGCUGCUAGUGGGCCGCCGGCGCCUGGGCAGGGACAAGGACAAGGGCAAGGGCAGGUUGCGCCUAGUCCGGUGGUUGGGAAUAUGCCUGGGCCGGGGCCGGGGCAGGGACAGGGUGGGAACGUUGGUGGUGGUGCUGGGCAGAAUAACGGCACUGACUCCAAUACUGCGAGCGGGAACGGGAGUGGAGACGGGAAUGAACAGGGGAAUAACAAUCGAUCGCCGAACGCACAACAGAACAACCAACCCCAACCACCAACCGACACCAACUCCAACGACUCCCAAGCCACCCAAAACCAAAACCCCAAUCCCUUUGCAAUGGAAUGGCCAAACGCAGACUCCACCGACGCACCCGCCUUCGACGCCUCAGAUCUCUUCGAUUUCGGGGAUAAUGACAAUGAAGAGGGCCAGAACAGCGGUGAUGUCAGCAAUGGAGCGCAAGUGACGAGUGCGGAUUGGAAUGCAGGGUUGCCGACGGGGAUGAUAACGGGUGAUAGUUUUGGGGGGUUUGAUUUUGGGGAUAUGGGCGGGGAUAUUAAUUUUGAGAACUUUGCCUAG